UGCUGUCUUUUGGGUUUUUUAAGGCUGCAGAACUUCGAGCUUACCUGAAAUCCAAAGGAGCAGAAAUCUCCGAAGAAAACGCUGAAGGUGGACUUCAUGUGGACUUGGCACAGAUUAUUGAAGUCUGUGAUGUGUGCCUGAAGGAGGAUGACAAAGAUGUUGAGAGCGUGAUGAACAGUGUAGUCUCUUUGCUUCUUAUCCUGGAACCUGACAAACAGGAAGCACUGAUUGAGAGCCUGUGUGAGAAGUUAGUAAAAUUUCGGGAAGGAGAGCGCCCAUCUCUUAGGUUGCAGCUACUGAGCAAUCUCUUCCAUGGUAUGGAUAAGAACACUCCUGUGAGAUACACAGUGUACUGCAGCCUUCUGAAAGUGGCCUCGUCAUGUGGUGCUAUCCAGUACAUUCCAACUGAACUAGAUCAGGUCCGAAAAUGGAUUUCUGACUGGAAUCUCGGCACAGAGAAAAAGCAUACUCUUCUGAGACUGCUGUAUGAUGUCCUAGUGGACUGCAAAAAAAGUGACACUGCAGCGAAAGUAAUGGUGGAACUACUGGGAAGUUACACAGAGGACAAUGCUUCCCAGGCUAGAGUUGAUGCUCACAGAUGUAUUGUACGAGCAUUGAAGGAUCCAAAUACCUUUCUCUUUGAUCAUCUUCUUGCCUUAAAACCAGUCAAAUUUUUGGAAGGAGAACUUAUUCAUGAUCUUUUGACAAUAUUUGUAAGUGCUAAACUAGCAUCCUAUGUCAAGUUUUAUCAGAACAACAAAGACUUCAUUGACUCCCUUGGCUUGUUGCACGAACACAAUAUGGCAAAAAUGAGGCUACUUACUUUCAUGGGAAUGGCUGUGGAGAAUAAAGAAAUAUCAUUUGAUACAAUGCAACAGGAACUUCAGAUUGGAGCUGAUGAUGUAGAAGCAUUCGUUAUUGAUGCUGUAAAGACAAAGAUGGUGUAUUGCAAAAUAGAUCAGACACAGAGGAAAGUAGUUGUCAGUCACAGCACACAUCGGACUUUUGGAAAGCAGCAAUGGCAGCAAUUGUAUGACACUCUAAACACCUGGAAACAAAAUUUAAAUCAAGUGAAAAACAGUCUCCUCAGUCUCUCAGACACUUAAAGAAAUUUUUUGACAAUAAAGUCACUACAGAUUAAAUUUAUUGAAAACUUUGAUAAUUUGUGAAUGUUUCCAAAAUGUAUGCAAUUGGUUUAAAGAAGCUAAAUAUUCUAAAUUGCGACAUGGAAAAAGCAAUAAAACAACAUCAGAAAAUA